AUGUUGGUCGGCUUACCUUCGAGCUCCGAGAACGGUGGAUACUUUGUUAUCAGUAGGUGGCUGUACCGAACCGCUACACUCUCACGAUGGCACUCGCGAACUUGCCGAUGCAAGUCACGCCACCAACGAGCAAGACACAGAUCGAUGGGGGCCCAAGCGGCAGUCCUGAGCGAGGUGGCGGUGGUCGACCCCACCACCAACGACCCGAGUCGUGAGCGUGGACUUCUGGUCGAGCAAUGCCGAGACGAGGACCUCUACGAGCGAAGAACGAUCAAGCAGAAGGUCGUUCUGGGCAUCCUGUACGCCGUUGUGGCCCUCGAAGCGCUCUACUUGGUCGGGCUCGUCGUCAUGUACAUCACCGACUGGUUCGUCCUUCUUCUAGCUGCGGCUCAGAGACUAAAGCGGCUUCGCUCGUAA